AUGGAGAUGAACAAGGGGGAGGCCGAGAAGUGCCUCGAGAUUGGCAAGAAGUACCUGCGUCUCGGCAAUUGGAACCAGGCCAUCAAGUUCCUGGAAAAGUCGCUCCGCCUGUAUCCAUUGCCGGGCGUCGAGAUGAUACGCCGUCGAGCCAAGACCGAGCUGGAAAAGGCCUCGAGGGCCCGUGCACCGCCAACGUCGCCACGUGGCAGCACGUCAAGUGCCGGGAUGCGGCAUCGAGCAGCGCCAGCAGCCGCGUCGCCGUCCAGAUCUCCAUCAACGGAGUCGCUGCGGCCGUAUACAGCGGAGCAGCUGCAAGUGGUGCGCAAGAUCAAGGCGUGCAAGACGCACUAUGAGGUGCUGGCCGUGCCGCAAAGUGCGACAGAGAAUGACGUGAAAAAGGCGUAUCGCAAGUUGGCGUUGAAGCUGCAUCCGGACAAGAAUAGCGCACCUGGCGCCGAGGAUGCGUUCAAAGCUGUUGGCAAAGCGUUUACGAUCUUGAGCGACCCAGACAAGCGUGCACAUUAUGACCGCUAUGGAGACGAUGCGCCUGUGCAGCAACAGCAACAGCAAGGACAGGGAUACGCACAGGGUGAUGACAUUACACCGGAAGACCUGUUCAACAUAUUUUUUGGUGGCGGUUACCGUCCACGUGGACGUCGACCUGCACCGCCGCAAGGUCCUCGACCCCAGCAGCGCCACCCGCAGCACCCGCAGCAGCAGGAGGCCCGUGGCGGCAUGAUGAAUCUCGUGCAGUUCCUGCCGCUGUUGCUGAUCUUCCUCAUGUCAUUGCUGUCGAUGCCGUCGAGACCAGAGGUGCCGUUCAGCUUGAACCCGACGCAGCAGUUCCACGUGCACCGCUCGACGCAAAUGGCCAACGUGGUGAAGGGCAUCCCGUAUUACGUCGAGCGCGAUUUCGAACAGCGGUAUACGACGCACUGGCGCGAGUUGUCACGAGUGGAACAAAUGGUCGAGCAGGCGCACGUGUCACGGCUCGCCGAGAGUUGUGAGAACCUCAAGCUGCGACAGAAACGGAUGCUCUACCGCGCGCGCAACUCCCGUAGUGACGAUCGCGAGUCUGCCAUGCGAAAAGCACUAGAGAUGAAGAUGCCGCCGUGUGACGAGCUGCGCAGGUUCCGUCAAACGCGGCGCUAUUGA